AUGCUUUUUCCGUGUUAUGUCAGGGAAGCUUUGGCCGCAAAGGAUGCAGCAGAGGCCUACCCCGACCUUGACAUCGUCGACCAUGUCGUCCGUUCCUUAGCGGAGCUCCUUGGACGGUCGGGCAACUUCCACCUACGCUUCAAAGAGCUGCAGGAGGUGCUGUGUGAAACAAACCUGGAGUUGCAGGGCAUCCACAGCGUCGACGUGACACACGUGCUGCAGAUGGUGGACAACACUAGGCUCACCCUUCGCAACCGUUACCUGAGUGACGCGGACGACUUCGGCGAUGGGAGCAACGAGCUGAGCGCCUUCUUGUCGAAGCACGCCUCGUCGGAAAAAAGGGAAGUGAAGGUGACGGGCACCGACUCGACUGGCGCCCCAACUACUCAUGAGUACACCCUCCAUGAACAGAACAUCAAGGGUCAGAUAUCUGGCCCAGGCCUGGACGACUGCAUCACACUGGCGAAGGGGUACGUGAAGGAGCUGCUGAAGCGACUGGAGAGCCGGAUGAAGGAUCUGGGCUCUCUCGACGGCGCCAAGCUGUUCACGCAGGGGGGGUACCCGAAAUCUCACUCGAAGCGGCAGCGUCGGUUUUUGCAGUGGCUGGAGGCUCUCCGCAAUCUGUUUAAGCGGAAACCGUCCGACCCUGACACCCUGCCUGGUACGUCUUCGAUUUCGGUUGUCAUUGCUUGA